CAAAUCUGUAUCCGGAUUUUACCCAGUCAGACGCUACUGUGGACGGCGACGGUAGACAGCAGCAUGAUCCGGUCCCCGAUGCUUCGCUUCGGCGAGAACGAGACCGACAUCUUCCUCCUUGACGUCAGCGUCUGCGACGUCCCGGGCGACACGGGCCUUGGCACCGCGCUCAUGGUCGAGCGCAACAAGCUCGCCGAAGAGGCAAGGAAAGACCCGCUCAACAUCGAAGUCAUGAGUCGCCUCCUCAAGAACUGCGCGCGCCUCUACAGCCAGCACCCGCGACCCGUCGAGCUGCUCUUCCGGCGCGCCAUGACGACAUUCCAGCGCCAACCGCUCGACUCGGCAGGCGCCGACCUCUGGAUCGAGAUGCUGCUUGGACUCGGCGCGAUACUAGCAGCUGACACGAUGAAGAAGCGCGAUAUUCUGAGCCAAGCGUCCUUCAGCGCCCAUGUCAAGGGCAAGACUGUCUUUUACGAGUACUUUGCCAACUUUGAGAUGCAGCAGAAUCGAUCUCAGGCCGCACAAGACCUCCUCAACAAGGCUGUCGAGAAGGACAUGCUCACACCAGAGGCGCGACAACAAAUUUGGGACAAGGUGCAGCGUACACAGCCAGAUGCGUCCCAAGCUCCGCGCGAGUUUGUCUCGCGACCACCCGACACACCCGUGCAGACGUCCAGGAGCUCGCACGUCUAUUCGACGCCACGCAACUCGACGACGCCUGCGGUGGCACGGACGACGAGCACGACGCUGCGCACUGCCAGCCUUGCCGAAUCGUGGACAACACCCCUCCAAACCGAGCCUCGGACGACCGCUGCUGCACCGUCGUCGGUCUUGCGCACGACGAGCCUCUCAUCGGCACUCACGACGCCGCUCCCGUCGAAGCUCGGCAACCGAGAUGCACGUUCGACACAGCGAAAACCCCAAAUUCGGCCCAGCUUCCAACUGGGCUCGAUCGGUCUCCCAAUGCGCGUGCGGCAGUCGGCCGCGUCGCCCAUGUCCCAGGACGAGGAAGAUGACAAGGAACAUAGCCCACCGCCGCCACUGAAUCGCCCGCUCGUGACUGGCAUCAAGCGCGAGCCCAAAUACAGCGAAGACGACGAUAAGGAAAAUAGCCCAGCCGCGCCAUCAAGCCGCCCGCUCGUCGACGGCAUCAAGCGCGAGGCCAAGUACCCCAAGAAGGCUCCGUUCCAGGAGAAGGACAUUAGCUACAUCAAGGACUGGAACCCGGCUCGCACACCGUCAGCAACGGAGCCGACCAAAGCAAAGCGGGCAUUGGGCUACUUGGACCCCAACUCUCUCGAGGUACACAACGUGCCCGCGAGCCCCGCCGUAUCAGACGCCAGCGACAUGGAAAUUGAACUCUCUCGCCAGAGCGUCCGCGACGACGACGAAGACACGGCGUUGCUACUGGCCAAGAAGACGCCGCCGAGCGGUCGGAAGCGCGCCUUGUCGCCGUCGGUCGACCACGCCCGGUCGCACGCGCCGUCAGCCAGCUCGACGCCCUCGAGCGCAAGUCCGCCAGAGCCAGCGACACCGUUUCGCAACUCGGAUGUGUCCUCGGACGUCAUCGCGCGUCUCAUCGACUCAAAAAACCACAUCGUGGUGAAUGGCGUGACGUUCUUGAGCCUCAAGCAGAUUGGCAGUGGCGGCAGCAGCAAAGUCUUCCGCGUCUUGGGACCCGACAUGCAGACGUAUGCGCUCAAGAAGAUCAAGAUGAAGCGCAUGGACGACGCGUCCGUCAUUAGCUACGAGAACGAAAUCAUGAUGCUCAAGCGUCUCCAAGGCUCGCCGUACAUUAUCAAGCUCCUCGCCAACGAGAUGGACUACGAGGGCAAGGUGCUGUAUGUGGUCAUGGAGCAAGGCGAAAUCGACCUCAAGGACAAACUCAAGGAGCUCAAAAACAACCAGAUCGUGCUUGAAGAGAAUUUUCUGCGUAUCACGUGGCAGCAAAUGCUGCAGGCAGUGAAUUACAUCCACAACCAGCGCGUGAUCCACGGGGACUUGAAGCCAGCCAACUUUUUGUUUGUCAACGGCGCGCUCAAGCUCAUCGACUUUGGUAUCGCCAAGGCGAUUUCGAACGACACGACCAAUAUCGUGCGCGAAAACCACGAGGGGACGGCCAACUUUAUGCCGCCCGAAGUUGCGUCCGGCAUCGUCGCGACGGAUAAGGGCGCGACGCCCAAGAAGGUCGGCCGCGCCGGCGACAUUUGGUCGCUCGGGUGCAUUCUGUACCAGAUCGUGUACGGCGACACGCCGUUCGGGACGUUCAACAACAUUUUCGAAAAGUUCAUUCGCAUCUCGGACCCAAACCACGCCAUCACGUUCAAGAAGCUGCACAACAAGCCGCUCGAAGACGUGAUCCGGUCGUGCCUCCAGCGAGACCCAAAGCUCCGACCGACCAUCGAAGGGCCCAAUGGCUUGCUCGAGCAUCCGUUUUUGAACCCGAACAAGGGCGGGCUGACACCGUCGACGCUCGAGACGACCUUGGCCAAGGCCACGCAGUUCAUUUACGAGCACGGGUGCUCGCCCGCCGUCGUCGACAUUGCCGACCGACUCCAAGCUGCUGUGAGCCACCACCAUCUCGCCAACGUCGUGCCCAACUCGCAAACCGCCCUGUAAUCGUUCUCGUCAU